GGUCUUGGCCAAGUACAUACGCGUGUUCGGCAAACUGCUCCGGUUGUGACCAAGGAAGGAGGAGGAGAGAAGAAGACGGUGACGAUGCAGUUUCUGUUGCCGGAGAUGUACAAGAAGGCGGAGGAUGCACCGCGUCCGACGGAUGAGAGAGUAGUGAUUAAGGCGGCAGGAGGGAGAAAUUACGGUGUGGUUAUGUUCAGUCAUAUGGUGUUGUUUAUUUGGAUACAGUUGGGAAAAAAUCAUGGAAGUUGUUGAGAUCAAGCAACCAUCUGGUUGAAGAAAAUAAAAAUCCACUGAGUUUUUAAACGUUGGUAACCAAAUGUUUGUUCUUUUCAAAAAUCUUCUCCAUAUAUUACGUUCAUUAGUUACUAAACAGAUUUUGUUACCUAGAUUCUCUGAAUAUCAAUGAUUUUAUAUUUUUAAAUCGUUUGUUUCUUAUCUCGUAGAUAUCAAGAAGUUUCUCUAUAUAAACUGUUUACAGCAACUAGCGUAAAGAAAAAUCACUCUGCAAACUGAAGUAAGUUGUUUUGUGUAUCUUAAUGGACAAAAACAAUUCAAUAUUCAUAUGUUGUUUUUUUAAGACUUACACAUCACUUUCGUUAAUAUUUUGCAGGUGUCUUACUAUUAGCAAGUAUCUGACUGUUCCGUACGAUCGCCCUAUCGCCAUUAUGGAUAACAUAAAUUUGACGGAAGAUUCACAACAAGAAAAGACGAAAGGUGCAUAUGAAUUUUGGAACAUUCGAGAAACGACAGUGUUGAUUCGACUUCUCGUUGACGGUAUUAAUCAAGGGUGGCGCGACAAAAAUGGGAGCAUGAGCAAAAUGACUGUGGAAAAAAAGAUUCUACCGAUUUUGAAUGCCACAGUUGGCUGCCAAAAAACUCAUAAGCAUUAUUUAAGUAAAAUGAAGAGUUUAAAGAAGCUCUAUAAUAGUAUGCAAGACCUUAUCCGAUUCAGUUCUGGAUUUGGAUGGGAUCCCAUAUCUAAAAAGUUUACAGCUCCUAACCACGUGUGGGAUGAUUACGAAAAGGCACAUCCAACUAAGAAGAGUCUGCGAGACGAAACUUUGGAAGAUUAUGAAGACUUACAGCUAAUAUUUGAGCAAGGAUUAGCUACCGGAAAAAAUGCUAUUGGUUUAGGGGACGAUACCGAUGCACCAACUUUUGGAGCUAAAGAUGAUGAGCCGUUUGAAUUAGAUCCUAGAUCUUUUGGAUAUGCUGAGAAAGAAGGAUCUCAAGCAUCAGGGUUUUUGAAUUCAACUUUGCCAAGAAGCAGAAAAGGCCCAUCAGAGAAGCAACCCCUUAAAAAGAGAGCUAAAGGUGUCGAAGGUGGAGAAUCCAGUAACUCAAACAUGGAUGGUAGCCAUAUGGAGAAGUCUUUUAAAGAAAUGAUUGAGAUAAGCAAUCAGGUUGUUAGUUUGAUUCAACAAAGAGAAGAAAGACAACAAAGAGAAGCCAACUUGAGAGAAGUGGAGAAAAACAAGAAUAAUAUCUGGGAAGCAAUCAAAGAAAUUUCUGGCUUGGAGGAAGAUGUUCAGUAUGAUACUUUGAACGAGCUUCACAAGUGGGGGAUGAAAGACGUGUUCAUCAACAUGUCUGUUGAAGAACGUAUGGGGUGGAUACGAAGGAACGUUAAAUGAUGCUUUGUUUUCUAAAUUGCUUAGUUUCUAAUGUUUUUUCUUUCAAUAAUAGCAUGUUUCUUGAUUUAAUUAUAAUAAAAUUUAUUUUUAUUGCAGUUUAAGAAUUGAAUAAAAUUUGAUAGCACUAACAUUAUCUUUGUCAAUAUAUUUUAAUAUAUUAUUCCAUAUAUUUUAAUAAUAUUAGUAUCACUAGUUGUUUGAGAUAAUUAUAUUAGUCCAUAAAUUUUAAAAUAUU